UGAAGUAGACCUAUUGUUCCCUAUUAUUCCAUUGAAGUGCCAGUGUAAAUCCGAAACUUAAGGAAACCAGUUUUAAAUGUCAUUAUCCCCAAAACUAUUUAUUGUCAACAGUGUCAGCUGCUGGCAUACUGCACAAAUCAGCUAUUAGUGCUUUGACUCUUCUUCAGCAAACAGCACCACUGGCAUCAGAAUGGCACAAUUUGAAUCACAGUGGACAAAUCUAUUUCGGAUUAAAGCAAAUAAUCUUCGGAGGAUUCGGGGAGACUCCUGGCGUCUGGAGACUGAUGAAAGCAUUGUUCCUGACCGCCUGAAUGCUGGCUGGAUGCAGUGCAUCAAGAAUACAAGUGCAAGGUUUAAUUGCACGUGUUGGAGGGCCUGGCCCUCCAACGUGGUGACCGUGGUUUUCCAUAUGCACCUGGAAAAUGGGAAGGGUGUCGUCAAGGUGAGGCCCCUCAAUCAGGGCUGCAAUAAUUGCAAGACGAUGGUGAAGCCCAGCAUCGACGACGACAACAUUGACAUCCUCCUGGAUAAUCUGGUGGAGAAAAUAAGGAUACAAUGCUACGAUAAGCCACAGAGAAGAGGGAGCAAAUCUUUUAUCCCUCUGGAUAUCAGAAGUCAGCAUGAGCCGAGUCUUUGCCAGGCCUGUCAGCUAGGCAUCUGUGGAAGGAGCUGAGCUUGGCUUGCUGAAGAGUUUAAAUGUUUCAUGCUUAAAUUCAUAUAAGCAAAGCAUCUGUUGUGUGAGACCAUAGAAUAAUAAUAAUAAUAAUAAUGAUCUCUUUCUAUAUGUAAGACUCUUGCUGUCUAUUUUCUUUAAAAUAUAAAUUUGUAUGCUCAGAAACAUUAAACCAUCUCUCUUAUAAACAGAAAUUGAA